ACAACACAUAGAACUUGAUAGAUUCCCAUGGUGAGCAAUAGGCAAAAGAAUGGCAGUGACAAGAGGAAAAGAAAAGGGAAACAUGCCAGGAGUUGUCUGUAUGAAAAAGAGAGUGAGAGCUGAUGUCAGGCAAGGAGCAUUAGUAGCUUAGGAAGAGCAACAAGACAUGGGCUUCAGAAGAGAGCUUUAUUUUCAAAAAGUAUAAACUUUGGGGGUAAACAAAUGUUUUAGGUAAAUGUAGUUAAAAGGGGGCAUGCUCACCGUUUUAGUGGGAGAAGAUUCCUCUCAUCUUCAUGAGACCUAUUCCAUUCUGUUUCUAGACAGUAAUCUGUCACUACAAACUAUUCACUAUUAACGUUCAGCUAUUAACUGGAGAGUAAAAUGCACCUUUCUAGAUGGUGCAUGAGAGUCACCUGGACAGAUAGUCCAUUUCCUUCUUGCUACCCUGAAGGAGCCCCGGUGGCAAAUUGUGUUAAAGCACUGAGCUGCUGAACUUGCAGACCGAAAGGUCCAGGUUCAAAUCCCGGGAGCAGAGUAAGCGCCCGCUGUUAGCUCUAGUUUCUGCCAACCUAGCAGUUCGAAAACAUGCCAGUGUGAGUAGAUCAAUAGGUACCGCUCCGGCGGGAAGGUAACGGCACUCCAUGCAGUCAUGCCAGUCACAUGACCUUAGAGGUGUCUACAGACCACGCCGGGUCUUUGGCUUAGAAAUGGAGAUGAGCACCAACCCCCAGAGUCAGACAUGACUGGACUUAAUGUCAGGGGAAACCUUUACCUUUACCUUACCCUGGAAAUGGAGUCACAUGAUAUAUGUUUCUUAAAAAGGACUGUUGUUCUGUUCCCUCCCUCCUACUAUGCCCUGCCCUGCCCUGCCCUUCCCUGCCCAGAAGACCUUUUCUUCUGGGAGGUCCAACCUUCCCUGCUCUGCCACAGUUUCUUCACUGUGCAGAAAGGAUUGCUGUCUCUCAGCUCAGCACAUCGGACAUCACAAUCAGAUUCUUCCACAGAGAACAACCUGACCUGGGAUAUCUCCAGGACGAACUUGGAAACCCAAAGCAAAAUGUCUUCAGUUGCGACUUACUACAAUGGGAAGUCAGUACUUAUUACAGGAGCCACAGGUUUUGUGGGCAAAGUACUUCUGGAAAAGCUCCUGCGCUCCAGCCAGGAUGUGAAAGCCGUUUAUAUUCUUGUGCGGCCAAAAGCUGGACAGUCAAUGCAAAAUAGAGUGGAGGAUAUGGUGAAAUACAAGUUAUUUGACAAAGUCCGUGAAGAGUGCCCCAACUUCCAUGAGAAAAUUAAACCAAUAAGUGCUGAACUCACCCAUCCAAAUUUGGCCAUCAGCCCAAAAGACACUGCAGAGCUCCUGUCUGAAGUCAACAUUAUCUUCCAUUGUGCUGCAACUGUUCGCUUUGAUGAACCGCUGAAGCAUGCGCUUUUGCUAAAUGUCAGGGGCACACAGCAGCUCCUGAUGCUGGCCCACCAGAUGGAGAACCUUGAGGCCUUCAUCCACAUUUCAACUGCCUUUGCAAAUUGCAAUCGGAAGUACACAGAGGAAAUAAUUUAUCCUCCUCCCAUAGAGCCCAGGAAACUGUUUGACCUUGUGGAGUGGAUGGAUGAGUCCCUCAUUGAAGAGAUCACACCCAAGCUGAUUGGAGACUGGCCCAAUACCUACACAUUCACCAAAGCCUUGGCAGAAUAUCUGCUACAGCAAGAGAAAGGAAACAUACAUGUUGCCAUCAUCCGGCCAUCUAUUGUGGGAGCCAGCUGGAACGAGCCUUUUCCUGGUUGGAUUGACAAUAUCAACCACUUCAAUGGUUUCCUUAUUGCGGCUGGAAAAGGAAUUAUACGGACUAUAAAAUGCAAUCUAGAAGCAGUAGCGGAUAUUGUUCCUGUAGAUGUUGCUAUCAAUUUAACCCUUGCCGCUGGAUGGCACACUGCAGUAAACAGACCUAAAUCAAUGUUGAUAUACAAUUGUACAACUGGUGGCAUAAAUCCAUUUCAUUGGGGAGAAAUGGAAUCUAUCGUUUUAUCUACAUACAAGAAAAUUCCCCUGGAGAAAGCCUUCAGAAUACCGAAGGGUAACAUGACGUCAAGCAACCUGGCACAUCAGUAUUCAACAAUUGUCAGUCACAUGGCCCCAGCCUUUCUGUAUGAUUUGUAUCUGAGGCUAACUGGGAAGAAACCAAGGAUGAUGAAGCUUCUCAACCGUCUGCACAAGUCCAUGGCGGCCUUUGAGUAUUUUGCCAGCUGUACCUGGGAAUGGAGUUCAGAUAAUAUGAACGUGUUAUUGAAUCAGCUUAAUCCAAAAGACAAGAAAUUAUUCUGCUUCGAUGUCCGUCAGCUGCAUUGGUCAGAGUACAUGGAAAACUACUGCUUAGGAACAAAGAAAUAUCUUUUGAAGGAAGACAUGGCCGGAAUUCCUGCAGCAAAGCAGCACUUGAGAAAACUAAGGAAUAUCCAGUAUGCAAUCAAAACAACCCUUCUGGUGAUCAUCUGGCACAUAUUCAUUGCAAAGUCACAAAUGGCUCAGAACAUGUGGCACUUUGUUUUGAACCUCUGCUACAAGUUCCUUAGCUACUUCAGAGCUUCUAGCAGUCUUUGGCAUUGAAACACCACUACAGUUAUUGACCUCCAUCUCUUCAAACAACAACAAAGGUGCUUCAAAUAGGAGAGUAUCUUUGAACUGCCAAAUCAUCUGAUCAGCAUUCAGCAUAUACUAGAAUUGAAGAUUUCAACAUUUUGGAACAUUUUUCUCCUCCUCUUAGUGUAAAAAGCUAUCUAAGACUAAGAAAGGAAGAGGGAUUUUAAACAAUCUGAACGUGUCUUCAGCAAUGCUCAAUCAAGAGUGUUAGAAUAUGAGUAGUGCUUUUGUGCACAAAUGAGGCAAGUGGUUGCAUCUACCACGAGCUUUCAGUAAAGAUAGUAAUACAAGAUAGUAAUAUUUAAUAUUUAAUUAGGAGAGUUUGGGGGUUUAUUGAACUGCUUGUGAAAAAUCAUGCCUAGCCAUGUAAUUGAAAAUAGAAUUGAACCUAGGAUAUAUCACUGAAUUCUCUCUGACCAUUUUUGUGAGUACAAAUUAUGCUUUGAAUUUGACUAAACUUAUUUUUCAAAUGAAAAUAUAAUUAAUUUAUUGCAUGCAAAACUUCAUUCCUUCCCCCAGCAGAUCCCCCUCUGCAUUUCCCCAACAUUUAAAAUACUUCAAAGGAAGUUUGGCAUACAAAAAUUGAGUCUUCAUUGUUAGCAGGAAUAUUUUUGUUUUAAAUAGGGUAAAAUACGAAAAGCUUAAUGUGGACGUCUGUCUCCACUAGGCCCGUUUCCCUUCCCAAAAGUUGAACUGGGCAUUUUCUUUUCUUCCUUUGAAAAAAGCAGCCACCAUCUCUCUUACUCUGUGGAGGGAGGGGGAACCUUCUGUGACCCCAAUAUUGAGCUAAGGGGAGCCUGGCCCUCACAGUUUAAGAAGCUCUUGUUUAGAAGAUGGGUAACAGAAAGACCACAUGGACACAAUUUGCUUACUAUGGAGAGUGAUGUUGUGUUUCUAUUUAAGGAUGCAUAUACAUUGUAGAAUUAAUGCAGUGUGGCACCACUUGAAGUGCCAUGGCUUUAUGCUAUGGAAUCCUAGGAGUUGUAGUUUGGUGAGGUACCAACACUUUUUAGCAGAGAAGGCUAAAGACCUUAUACAACCACAAUUCCAUGAUUCCAUACUAUCGAGCUAUGUAAUUUUUUUUCCGUAUCAGGAGCAACUGGAGAAACUGCUGCUUGUGUCCUCAACCACUUGUUUCCAACAAUGAGGGCAUGGCUGGCAACGCAGCAUUUUGGCGACGCUGCGCAGCUGCAAGAAGGGGUGAGUGGCUGGUUGAGGACGCAAGCGGCAGAGUUUAGUGGGGAAGGAUUUGCAAAGUUCAUUCAUCACUAUGAUAAGUGCCUAGAUUUGAAUGGCAACUAUGUUGAGAAGUGGUAUUAUCACUUAUCAAUUACAAAUAAGCUUUAAAGAAGAUGCUAAAAAGGGAUUCAACAAAGAACAGGGAACAUGGGAAAUCAUAAUGAAAAAAUACCAAAAGUUAAUAAAAAUACUGUACCAACAACUACUAAAAUGGGCAACAGAAGAGGAAUACAUAAAAGAAUGUAUGAUAAAAUGGGCAAAAGAUAUAGGCCAUAGUUUGAAUUUGGAACAAUGGGAGAAAAUUUGGAAAGAGAAACUAACAUAUACAGCUGCAACAGAUAUUAAAGAAAACUGGUACAAGAUGCAAUAUAGAUGGUAUUACACACCAGAAAAAUUAUCAAAAUUUAAUCAAAAGAAAUCUAAUAUGUGUUGGAAAUGUGGGGAAAAAAUUGGGACAUUUUUUCAUCAAUGGUGGACCUGCAAGAAAUUAAAAGAAUUUUGGAAGACAAUACAUCAAAUAAGACAGGAAAUCAUAGGAAUCAAAUUUAAAUUAGAACCUGAAAUGUAUUUACUAAGCUUUACAAAUUCAAAAUUUUAAAAAAAUGAAGACAGAAUAUUUUUCUACAUAAGCACAGCGGCCAGACUAAUAAUAAUAAUAAUAAUAAUAAUAAUAAUAAUAAUAAUAAUAAUAAUAAUAAAACUUUAUUUAUACCCCGCCACCAUCUCCCCAAUGGGGACUCGGGGCGGCUUACAUGGGGCCACGCCCAAAACAAUACAAUGUAAACAGCAUAUAAAAGAACAGCACAACACAAUACAAUAAACAAUACAGUAAAUAAUAUCCAUUACAAAAUAAAACAAGGAGACAAUAAAAACAAGGGCAGACCACAUGAACAUUAAGUUAAAACUCGGGGUGAGAAAGACAUAAAAAUAAAAACCACAGCGAACAGGGUCAUAAGGGAGUGGGGUAUUCUGGAGGAUAGAUAUUAGAGGGAGCAACGGAAAAGAAAUAUAAAAUGGUUACUCUCCAAAAGCGCAUAGUGAAAGUCUAGAAAAGGAAAAAACUUCCUACUUUCGAGGAAUGGUUAAUCAGAAUCUUGGGCAUGAUACAAAUGAAUAAGCUAACACAAAAAAUAAGAGAGGGUAAGAUUAAAACAGACUGGACAAACUUCACAAAAUUCCUGAUAAAAAGAAGAAUGGACUUCAUGAUGGACUUAUCUACAAUAUAAAAUGGUUUAAACGAAAAGAGACUAAGGGAAAAUACAAAUAUGUAAUCAACGAAAGAGAAAA